AUGACAGAGUUAGCCAAGAGUAAUAAGUUCAAAAAGGCCCCUUCUUUCAAGGAUAAUGGGGCAGUUAAGCAGGCUGCGAAACCUGAGAAAAAAGGUAAAAAACUACCUGAGAUAGAAACUGUGGUUAAGCAUAAGAAAGAAACAAAAUGGUUUUCGUACCAGUUUGAUCAAAAAGUUGAAAACCCUAGCGAGGACAAGCUGAGAGACGAUAAAACUAAAGAACUGUUCGAUCUAGCUGACUCAUUAUUGUAUAAGGAUCAAGAAUUAUACUAUAAAGGUCUGCGACAAAGUGGAGGAUCUGAAGCUGCUUGGUUGCUCUCUGUCAUCAAGACUGGUACAGCACAAGAUAGAAUAACUGCCAUGCAGUUACAGAUUCACGAAUCACCUAUCCACUCUUUGCCAUACUUAGAAGCUUUAUUGGCUCCUGUAGAGAAGAAGCAUACGAGAGAAGUUAUGGAAAUCAUGCCUUUAAUAGAAACGAUAUUUUUGGAAAGUUAUCUCCCGGAAAGCAGAAAGUUAUUAUCAUUUUCUUCGAGACCUCUUGCUAAGCUGGAUACAAUCUCUGGAGGACGUGACUUGAACAAAAAAAAAGUUCUGAUAAUGUGGAUGUUUGAACACAAGCUGAAGCAAGUCUAUGAAAGAUUCAUCAAAGCUUUAGAGGGCAUUGCUUCUGGAAACAUAGAGGACUUAUCCAGAAAAGCUUUGAAGACAGCUUUGAACCUUCUAGCAGAGAGACCCGAGGCGGAACAAAUUUUGCUUUCAUUCAUUGUCAACAAAUUAGGACACCCCAACUACCGUUUAGGAGCAAAUGUAGCUCAGCUUUUAGAAGAAUUGACACGAAGACAACCAAAUAUGACUGCGGUGAUCGUGAAGGAAACAGAAAGAUUAGUGUACAGAAAAAAUGUCUCAGAAAAAGCUCUCUUAUAUGCCACUACUUUCCUGUCGCAAAUUAAACUUAGAAAUGAAGAAGCUCAUGUUCCUGUACACUUACUCCAAAUUUAUUUUGGUCUUUUCAAAACUGUGGUUGCUGCGAAGAAAUCCGAUAAUAGGCUAUUGAACAUCCUUCUCGCCGCUUCGAACAGAGCUUUUCCUUUUGCCAAAGAUAAAAUGGAGAGUCUAGUAGAUGAUAUCGAUGCACUCUAUAAGGUAGUUCACUCAUCGUCGUUCCCAGUUGCUUUACAAACGUUCAAACUAUUGUUCCAAGUCUUAAAUUUGAGUGAUUCCUUGUCUGAUCGAUUCUAUAGUGCACUGUAUCGCAAACUCUUCACACCCAUACCUCAGAAUUGUUAUAAUCAACUCAUGUUACUACUGUUCCGAGUUUUGAAAGGAGAUGCGACUGAGGACAGAGUGCGCUCUUUCAUCAAACGUCUACUCCAAAUUGCUACCGGAGCACCACCUUCUCUUGCUGCCGCAAUUCUCAUCCUCGUUUCUAGGAUAGCUGAGAAGAAACCAGGUGUUCUAGUGACGAAACGUAACUCAGAUAAAGUUCUGACUCAAGUCAAUUUCGAUGACGAUGAUGAAGAUGAGCACUUUGUUGAUAUAGGAGUUGAUGGAAAACCUAUAGUUAAAGCUGAACUGAAAGAAGAGAAGGAAGACGAUGAUUCAGAUGUUGAAGAGGAUAAUGAUAACGGAGCUGAAUUAAAAAAGAAAGAUAUUACCGGAAAGUGUGGUCCUAGCAGCAAGGGUGGUUGGCUGCAUAAAAAUACGCGUACUUAUCGCAGUCCAUAUGAUCCUGCUGCUCGUAAUCCCUUGUUUGUUGACGCAAGGAGCUAUCCAGAUACUGAAUUGUUACUGUUGGCGAAACAUUACCAUCCUUCUGUUGCUAUCUUUGCACAACAACUCAUUCAGGGUCAAUUUAUCAACUACAGAGGAGAUCCUCUCGAGGAUUACACAUUGAUAAAGUUCUUAGAUCGCUUCGCUUACAAAAAUCCAAAAGAGCCGAAGAAUCAACAAUUGGAACCGAGAGUUGCACGAAAGAAAAUUUAUGAUCCAUGGGGCGUACGAAAACUCUCUGUCAGGUCUAAGGAAUACAUCGACAAAAAGAGCUCUGAAGUACCUCCUGAUGAACGUUAUCUCCACAAAUUCGCCAAGCUCAAGUUCCAACCGAAAGAAGAGGAGAAGGUUGAGGAUGAAUGGGAUAUUGAAAGUGUCAACUCCGAUGAGUUUGAACAGCUCUUGGAACGUUUCGAACCCGGAGAGGGUAACGAUGCAUUUGACGCUGAUUUCGGUGAAGAGUUCUCUGCCGAGAAAAUCAAGAAAAAAGCUGAUAAAAGAAUUGCUGAAGACUUCUCAGACGGUGAAAACGAUGAAUUGGAUGAGGAGGACUACGAUGAUGAUGACGGCGAUGAGGAAAAUGAUGAUGAUGAGGACGGGUUCGACGAUGACGACGACGAUGAUGAUGUUGAAAUGGAAUCGGAUUCAGAUGAAGAGAGGGCGUUCACACGAGGAAAAGGAGGUGAUCAACUCGAUAGCGGAAGCGACGACGAAGAUUAUGGGGAGAACGAUGUUGAGAUGGCUGGUGAUAGAUUCGGAGCUAUGCUGGAAGAUAUUGAAGAUGAACAUAAAGAAAACAAGAAGAAAGGCAAAUCUUCAAAAUUCCAAAAGAAGAAACGAGGAGGAGUUCAGCAAAAGAGGAGGAAAUAA